CUAAUAUCAAUAAUUUUGGAAAAACCAAUAGGUCAAGUUCAAAAAUUAAAAUUUUAAAACAUUACACUAUAAGUACCGAAGAACAAUUGAAAAUUAUGCCAAACGUUUUUGCAAUGUCUAUCAAAUUGUUUAUUUCUACAGUGUUGUUGUUUUUUAUAAGUGAAUCAUCCGCACAAAGUAUUUCUUUAAAUUCUGCAGGAUGGGAGCAUGUUUUUGCCUACAAUAAAAGUUCUUUGUUACCCUUAAAUUAUUAUGGAGACAAAUAUUACUACUUGGGAUACAAUAUUAAGGCAUCUUACUUACAAGCCAUGCAGUUUUGUGAAAACAUUCACAUGAAAUUAUUAACUAUUAGAGAUAUCAAUGAAAAUGCAGCUAUCUAUAAAUUUAUUCGAAAUGCCAAUAGAGGAACCACUUACUGGACUGCUGGUGCUAAACUCAUAGAUAACAAAAAUUGGGUAUGGAUGUCUUACGGAUCUAACGUGGAUUAUACCAAAUGGGCUCCAGGACAGCCUGAUAAUAAUGAUGAACAGUGCAUAGCAGUAAAUUUUGCUGACGAAGAUUUGUCUUGGCACGACGUACCGUGUGGUAUGCAAAAUUUCUUCAUUUGUGAGCGAUAUGAACCCAGAACAUUUUCUCAAAACAAAGAUAUGACAUAUUCACGUUGGCAGAAUUUGAUGAACACUUAUUCAAACGUUGCUGUCCUCCACUACAAUAACAAAAUAUACUAUUUUUCCAGAUACUUUAAAACCAAUUACAUGCAAGCUAUACAAUUUUGCAAGAUAUUGAAUAUGGAACUGGUGGCAAUAGAAUCCAAAGAAGAAAACGAUAGGAUUAGCAAAUAUAUUCGUGAUACCAACGCUGGAGAUGAUUGGUGGUCGUCUGGUUCCAGACUUCUGGAUGGUAAGAACUGGGUGUGGUUUACUAGAGGAAUACCGGUCGAGUUCACAAACUGGAGACAAGAAGAACCAAAUGGCGAAGAAGAGUUAUGCUUACAUUUGGCUCAUAAUCAAGACAAAGGUUUGGAGUGGACUGACGAUUACUGUCACAAUCAGUUCAAGGUUAUUUGCGAAAGUGGAUUUGGAGAUGACACCGAUGAAAAUAUAGGAGCAUCAAUAGGAAGUGGAAGGAAUAUUUUAAAUCAGGGUAAUAAUCAAGGUUUGUUAAUUCCGAUUGAUAUACGAAAUGGAGGGAGCGAUGACAGUUCAAGAAACAAUCCAAAUGAAAUCCCAACACCUCAAACGACAACAAGAAAUGUCCCAAUUCGAGGAUAUUCCGAUGUUGAGUGGGAUAGAAUCAUUAGACGGAGCAAUCCAGGUAUUAUAUCUAUCAGAACUUACGGAGGUAAACACUACCAUGUUGAAAUAUCAUUGAUAGGAACACAACGCCAAGCAGCCAUGUAUUGUACAUACCACAACAUGCAGCUAGUUGAAAUUAACAACCAGAAUGAAAAUGGACUUCUAGAAAGACUUUUACUUGAUACUGGUGCUACUGGUCCAUAUUGGACAGCAGGUCAAAGACAAGCGGGUUCCUGGAUGUGGUCUAUCUCAAAACAACCGGUAACCUACACGAAUUGGAACCUAAACAAUCCCAGCGUAGGAGGAUGGCUGGCUCAAGACUGCAUCCAAGUCGAUGAAAGAGCUAAAUGGAGUAACGACAAUUGCGAUAAAAGACUCUUCUUCGUUUGCGAAGCCCAAAUGCAAAAUCCCGUGGUGGCUAAUGGACAGUGUUCCCAACCCGUGGUCAAUGUUUACGUAAAGACCAAUUUGGUUACUGAUGAAGGAGAGAAAACGUUAAGGAAAGAAAUUUUGUCUUCUAAAUCUGUUUCUACCAACGACGGUGUUUAUCAGGUUCAAGUUAUUAAUAACAUCGAUGUUAAUAAAAAGGAGGAUGAUGCAGUUACUAAUUUCGGAAUAUAAAUUAAAAUUACAAACAUUGUUUUUAGAGUUUUUGUGUUUGAAGUUAAUAACAACUAUGAGUGAAAGAAAAGGGGGACAAGUUUUUUGAAAGCUGUUAAAAGCUGCCAAACAAAACAUUAAUUUUAAAAAUAUUUUUGAUUAUUGUUAUCUUCUAUCAUUUAAUAGGUCGAUGUUAUAAUCGUUACUAUUUUACAAAUUAUUGUUUUUAAAAUAAACCAUUCACACAAUAA